AUGAUUUUAGUUCAUUUUAUGAAACAAAAUUUUGUCAUUUUUGUGUACUUGCUUUCGUAACACGUUUAAGAAUAAGCACUUGAGUAAAUUAAGCAAACUUCCCCGAAUUCAUUAAAUAUAUGAAAACAGUUAAAUUCCAUCCAACGCAAUGCAUAUGAACAACAACUCCAUACCGCCGAUGAGCGACACCAUUCGGGAGCUUUGUGCGAAACUACUGAAAGAGCGUCAACGUUGCGAUACGUCGGCGGGACAGAAAAAGAAACGCACCGUACGCAGCGCAAUUAUUACGGACGACGCAACACCGCUCAUUAUCAAAAGUCUCGUGGACGUACAACCGCCAACGCGAAACGAUACUGAGCAUACGAACGGUAGUCGACGUGUUGAGACCUCAUUGGAUCACAUCAUACAGCAGCUGCAACGCGGCAAAUGGCCAUCGGAUGUGGUGGUGCUCAUCACGCCCGCCAGUAAACACAACAAUCUCUACAAAUUGCAUGUGAUCGAUCGCAACAAUGAGGGGCACCUCGGUAUGACCAGUAUUACCAAGCAGGAGUUGGCUGAAUUGCGGGCGAGUAAUGUUUUCGAGAAGUACGCAACAAUUGUGGGUAACAAAUAUAUCGACUUGAAGACGGUCACACUGAAUUCGGCCAUCAUAGCGAAUAUUAUGAAGAAUUUGAAUGGUGAUUGUUGCCAGCAACCGGCAUGCGAACUGCCAUUGGCAGUGCCUUUGCCGCAGCACGAAACUAAAGAGCUAGUGGCGCGUAAAAGUAGCUCAGACGUUGAGCUAGAAUUGGAUGAACCAGUGGCACCACGUGCUCGUCGUCGCGGCACGCAUUCACGUAACGUCAGCCAAUAUCAUGCAGAGAGUGGCGUGCGUCUAAUGACACUAAUCGAACGCAUAAAUGAUGCCAUAGAACCUUCUCAUACAGAUCUACACAAUUUCUUCGAUCUCGCUGAAACAUACAAAUUCAAAAUCUAUAUACGUCCAGAGCUAUGCUGGAAGCCACCACCACAAGCAUCGGCGUUACAGAAAGAAAACGAUACCGAUUUCGUGCGUUUUAAUGUCGAGUGUUUCAUGCUCUUCGAUAAUUACGUUUGCACCAUUGCGCUUAACUCGUUACAGUUACAUCGACAGUUGAAAUUGCAUCCAGCGAUCUUGCCGCGUGUGCACGUGAUCGAAGAUGUCUGUGAAAUAACACCACUGCCCAAGUGGUUGGUUACGCUUUUGCGCACACUGGCGGAAUGGUUUGGACUUGAGAUGUUUUAUGAUGCUUUUGGAGAAUUUGUUUUCGACUUAUGUAAGCAGAUCACUUGACGCGAGCGGAUUAGGAUAUAAUUUCUAGA